CCUCUCCCCAUUCUUCACCUCCAUUUCUGUAACAGAAAAAUAACAACACUAAUAAGAGUGAAGCAGGGAGCUCCAUUUCUGUAACAGAAAAAUUACCUACGCACUCUGUUCGCACAUUCUCUCUUCACUGAUAAAUCUCUGUAAUUCUAGAUUUCCACGGAGAACUUAACAAUGGCGAGUACGGCAACGAUUGGAGCUUUGAGAGUUCCUACCGUUUCUUCUUCUUCUUCGGCUUCGUCCAAUUCCUCGAAUCCGACCAGGAAGGCAGCCGUGAGGAGCUUGUCGUUCUCGUCGUCUUGUCUUUCAGGAGACAAUGUUUUGUUGCGAGCGGUUUCUGGUCGCCGGGGAACUGCCAAUGGAGACAGGAGACCAAUGAUCGUGUCUCCCAAGGCGGUUUCGGAUUCUAAGAACUCGCAGACAUGUCUUGAUCCUGACGCCAGCAGGAGCGUGCUAGGUAUUAUUCUUGGAGGUGGUGCCGGGACCCGACUCUACCCUCUUACCAAGAAGAGGGCAAAACCUGCUGUUCCUCUAGGUGCGAAUUACAGGCUGAUUGAUAUUCCUGUCAGCAACUGUUUGAACAGUAAUAUAUCGAAAAUCUAUGUUCUUACACAAUUCAAUUCUGCAUCACUCAAUCGCCACCUUUCACGAGCAUACGCGAGCAACAUGGCUGGUUACAAGAAUGAAGGUUUCGUUGAAGUUCUUGCCGCUCAGCAGAGUCCAGAAAACCCAAAUUGGUUUCAGGGCACAGCUGAUGCGGUCAGGCAAUAUUUGUGGUUGUUCGAGGAGCACAACGUUUUGGAAUUCCUAGUUCUUGCUGGGGAUCAUUUGUAUCGGAUGGAUUAUGAAAGGUUUAUUCAAGCACACAGGGAAACUGAUGCUGAUAUCACAGUGGCUGCAUUGCCCAUGGAUGAAAAGCGGGCCUCUGCAUUUGGAUUAAUGAAGAUUGACGAAGAAGGACGCAUAAUUGAAUUUGCCGAGAAACCUAAAGGGGAGCAACUGAAAGCUAUGCAGGUUGAUACUACAAUUUUAGGUCUUGAUGAUGCAAGAGCAAAAGAGAUGCCUUAUAUUGCUAGUAUGGGUAUAUAUGUUGUCAGCAAAGAUGUGAUGUUAGAGUUGCUUCGAGAUAGGUUUCCUGGAGCCAAUGAUUUUGGGAGUGAGGUUAUUCCUGGUGCUACCUCCGUUGGAAUGAGAGUGCAAGCUUAUUUGUAUGAUGGCUAUUGGGAAGAUAUUGGUACUAUUGAGGCAUUUUAUAACGCAAAUCUUGGCAUCACCAAAAAACCAGUGCCAGAUUUCAGCUUCUACGAUCGUUCAGCUCCAAUCUACACCCAACCUCGGUAUUUGCCUCCAUCCAAGAUGCUUGAUGCUGAUGUUACUGAUAGUGUGAUUGGUGAGGGUUGUGUAAUUAAGAACUGUAAAAUUCAUCAUUCUGUGGUUGGACUUCGAUCUUGCAUUUCAGAGGGUGCAAUCAUAGAAGAUUCAUUAUUAAUGGGAGCUGACUAUUAUGAGACUGAUGCUGAUAGGAGAUUUUUGGCUGCAAAGGGUAGUGUUCCUAUCGGUAUUGGCAAGAAUUCUCACAUAAAGAGGGCAAUUAUUGACAAGAACGCUCGAAUUGGGGACAAUGUCAAGAUUAUCAACAGUGACAAUGUGCAAGAGGCAGCGAGAGAAACAGAUGGAUAUUUCAUUAAAAGUGGGAUUGUCACUGUAAUUAAGGAUGCUUUGAUUCCUAGCGGGACAGUAAUCUGAGAAUUUCUUGUGAGUUACAAUUUUAACUGCUGUUACCUCUUCUCUGCGAUUCCUGAGAAAGUAAUCUGCAAUGGAAAAUCUGCUUCCCCGUUACAGUAGGUUCUGUUUCUUUAAUCUGUAGUUGUAUAUUUCUCGGUUAUGUACUAAUGCAAUGUAAUUAAGAGAGGAAGAGAGGACGUGGAAGACAUGCUGUAAAGGCCUAGUUCUUCCAAAAUAAAAGCUUUUCCCCCUUCCUAUAGUUUUCUUUCC